CUCAUCGUUGGCCCUGUUGAAUGCGCAUCAUCCCUAUGGUAUGGGGCGAUUGCCGUUCAACUCAAGUAUCAGUGUCGGCGAUUUUCAACGAUCUCUCGGCUUGCUGGUGCGGGUUUUAGGACACUUUCCGAGCUCAACCAUACCCGUAGCUUAAAGAUCGAAAGGUACGAAGUAUCAUUUCUGGCUGGUCAGCCACUCGGCUAUUACGGCUCCUGGGCGCUGUUCUCCCUAUCCCAUCACUUUGUGAUGUGGCUAGCGGCUAAAAUGGCGUACCCGAACAGGGUGACCCCAUUUAAGGACUACGCUAUCCUCGGUGAUGAUGUUCUCAUCACUGAUGGUAACGUUGCGUCGCAUUACCGGGAGAUCCUUAGUAAGCUGGGCGUUCAGAUCUGGAUAUCUGAUAGUAAGUCAAUUACAUCACAUACUGGAUGCAUUGAGUUUGCUAAGCGAUUUUGGGUGAAAGGAAUGCAGGUCGAUUUGACCCCUAUUUCCGUAAGGGCCCUAACCGGAGUGAACAGCUCAAUUGGUCUGUCCGGUCAUGAUGGGAGUCCUGAAAAGGAUCCUCUUGGUGGCUGCUGA